GGAUGGCGGAUGGUGAUGGACCUUGGUAUGACGGAUUAAUCGAUGAGUGGGAUAAGGAGCAUCGUGCUCGUGCCAUUGAGAAUGGACAGGUUGUAGUUGCUAUGCGCAUGAGGGGUCAUUCCGCUGAUGACUUUGAUUACGACCCGCGGUAUGAGCCUUACAUUCGGAGAUUGGGUCUUCUCCCAUUCGUGUUGCAGUUUAAGCGACGCGCUCCGCCGGUGAACCACGCGGCGCUGACCGCACUUGUGGAUGGUUGGAGGCCGGAGACUCACUCCUUCCACCUUCCAUGUGGGGAGAUGACGAUGACCCUACAGGACAUGGCUAUGAUAAGCGGCCUUCCUAUCAAUGGACAAGCUGUUACCGGUCGUGUCAGCGUGGGUAAUUGGCGAGAACGGACUGCCGAUUUAAUUGGCGUUCAGCCCGAGGGCCCUCAGGAAGGCAAGGCCAAUACCGCGAAAGUGAGGCAUUCUUGGCUAAAACUGGUCAGAGGAAACACCAACCCGUGCCCUCAAGAUGCCAAUGACGUGGUUGUGCAGCAGUACGCGUGGGCCUUUCUUUGGUAUGUACUAACCAAGGUAGUCUUCUCAGAUGCAACUGGGAACUCAGCCCUCUGGAUGUUCUUGGAGCCACUUAAUAACUGGGAUACCCAGUAUAGCUGGGGUUCGGCCGCACUAGCAUACUUGUAUCGUCAGCUUGACUUGGCGUGUCGGAGGAAGGGAGGUACAUCCUCAUUGUCUGGGUUUGUUUGGAGCCUAUCCGUGUGGAUGUGGGAGCGGAUCCCGGUUGGACGGCCCGAUUUGAAGAACCCCCUCGUGCCAAACCCACGGGGUAAUCAUGACGGGUUGCAUGAUGAUGAUCCAUAUCGGCGCCCUACGCUUGCUUACUAUUGGGAACAAGUGACUGUCUACACAGGAAGCUCGCAUGUGCGAUACAAGUGCUAUAUGAACGAGCUGGACACCUUGACUGCUGAGCAGGUACAUUGGUUGCCUUAUGUGGAAGAUCGUGACUUUGAUCUUAAUGAGAUGUGCACGCGUGAUAGCCAUCUUUGGCGGGCGAGGUGCCCAAUGAUAUGCUUCUUCGCAGUCGAGUGGCACUUUGUAGACCGUGUGGCAAGACAAUUUGGAAAAAGACAAGGUAUUCCAAUUGAGGAGAGCAAGGAGGAAAUGCUAUCUCUGCAUCGGUUCGAUCGAAGGAACAAUCAGGAUAUAUCGGAUUGGGCAAACAAACACCGUGCGUGGAUAGAAAUUUGGAAUCAAAGAGACACAUUAGUGCAAUCAGAGAAUAGACCUUACAAUCAGUCAGCAUAUCAGAAGUAUCAAGUGUGGUAUGCGGAUCGUUACCGGUUAAAGCUGAAGCCAGGUUGGACUCACGAAGAGUGGUCGGAGUUGGUGUCUGAAGACCCGGAGACUGCAAAAGGUUAUCAUACCUUCAACACGGCUGUGAGAGACACCAGAGGGGCUCAUGUUGACUACGCACCGAUGCAUGACGAAAUGGGCAGAGAGUUGCUUCUGUGCGUCAACGAUGCCAAUGUUGCACUGAGUCAUCCACCUGGUGGUGCAUUAUCUGAGAGGACUCUUAGGAGCACGAUGAAGAACUUCAAGAAGCGGUUCCAUAAGAUGGCAGCUAUGCUUUCUUGCCAUGGUGCUCAGUCCAGUGACGUGUAUGCACCAGGUAGCCGCGCCGCCAGAGCUAAUAAACGGCGUUAUGUCCAGAACGAAGAGGACAUAGAGGAGGAGGUCAAUGAAGAGGAGCCAGCACAUCAAGAGGAGCCAACACAUCAUGAUGAGCAUGAGUAUGAUGCAACACAUCAAGAGGAUCAUGAGUAUGAUGUUGAUGCUCCACAACCAUCACAGGUUACACAACCGACACAAGGCAAUGCCCGCUCUAAAAAAGGCAAAGCAAUAGCUAAGACACCGGGCCAGAAAGGUAGAAAGAAGAUAUGGAACACUCAAUUCCAUAGUCCGGAGUAUCCUCAUCAAUUUAUGCCUGCGGGAAUGCAAAGAUAUAAGUCGAACAUUGAUGCAGAGGCGGAGGAGGCUAGCGAAGAGGAGGAGCAUGAGGCUAGCGAAGAGGAGGAGCAUGAGGCUAGCGAAGAGGAGGAGCAUACACUUGCAGAUAUCGUGAAGAGAGGAAGGAAGAAAUGA